AUGGCCAGCUACAACUGGACGGCAGAGUGGCUAGUCCCCAGUCAUCAUUUGUCUUCACUAAGGAAGUGUUUGAUCUGGUUAGAAAUGUCUGCGGGUGCUAUUGCUGUAGCGGCUUUUGCAAUCAACAGUUUUGUGAUGGCUUCAUCCAAAGUAUGCAACGCAUCCUGUCGUGGUUAUUUUUUCGGACUUUUGAAUUUGGCAUUUGCUCAGUGUCUCCUUUCAUUGAUCAGCCUUGCUGGAGUGAUUUAUUCCCUGUGGUUGUUGGACUACAAUGAGUCAUUAUCGACGCACAAAGAUGGACGGUGGUGCUCUGUUUUGCACAACAUUAUUCAUGCAAUCCACUUAUUGUCUAUGCCCGGAACGGCAGCCCUCUCACUCUCGCAUUGGUGGACGUUAAACAUCUCGGCUAAUCAUGCAGAAAUGGCAACGGAUUUUCGGAUAGUUAAAAUGUUGUUUUGUGCAUUUUGGUUUCUGACUUUUCUGUUUGCUAUGUGGCUGAAUUUUCUUAUUGUAUUUUGGGGGGCAGGGUUAACCACAACGAUGGCUGAAAACGACAAAAGGACAAUUCAACCAUGUCUACGAAUAUAUUCCUUGACGCUCGUUACAUCUACUUGUCUGCUCUUUUUUUCUAACCUUAGUUCUGUCCCACCUGUAACUGGCCAUCUUACUACCAGAGCAAUUCAAAAUAAUCAUCAAAAAGAUUGUCAGGAUGCCGAUUGUUUUUGUUCGGACAGUAGCGAUUAUGGCACACCCUCCAAAACGUUUCCCAGUAUUAGUUUACAACCAGUUUCGCAACCACCAAAAACAUUACAUGAACGCUGUAUAAAAGCCAUUAUGAUUCCGACAAUUGUCACCAUUGACGAUAACGAUCAUGUAGCUGAAAGUGAGACAAAAUCAUCGAUCAACAGCAACGAAUUGAUUCACCCCGAUCACGAGAACAAUCUACAGCCCUGCAUAUCCGAACAGAAUCAAGAUUUUUUAUCUAGUCAGUUUACCAAAGUGAUCCUAUCUUCACCAGCAUCAUCUGCUUGUUGCGUAAGCAUUUACUCUGCUGAUGUUUCCACCAAUUCAGUCAAGGGCUCAACAGCUGACAACAAAUUGUCCGCUGAAAAGUUGCAUCAUCGGUUACAGCAGCUAAACAAUGCUCGCAUGGCGUUUUUGCCUGAUCCAGAUUCAAGAUCGCAGUCACAGUCUUCACAUGCUCAUUCGAGACGUGAAUCCAACUCCAAAAGGCGUCCAAAGAAAAAACGGAAACAAGUAAAAAAUUACAAGGGACUAAAACAAAUUCAAUGGGAAAAUCCGACAAGUGUACAAAUUACAAUAAUGCUGUCUUUUGUGAUUUUCUACUUUCCUCCGUGGUUCCUACUCGUGGCUGGCAUUUAUAUACCUCAAUAUGCGACUAUGUUCUUGUCAAUUUUUCGACUACUCGUUAAUGUGGGAAGCAGCCUCAACCCAGUUUUACAAGGUUUUCGACAUCCUCGCUUUGCACUCAAAAUGGUGCGAACUUGGCGCAAAAUCUAUCCUUCGAGCGUAAAUAUUUCGAAUGAUUCCCCAUUUGAUACUGAACUGGCGACCAAGUAG